AAGUCUGUAGAGCCAACGGGAGCUCUCGCAACGACCAUUCGACUACCACGAAAAGAAAUCGAUAUCGAUGCUGCCACCGUGGCCUUUCGACCUACAUUAUAAGGGGCGGAGAGGAAUAGAGAGGCGUUAGGCGUAGCCGCAAGGAGGAUAAAUCCGCACUCGAGGACGUUCUAUAUAAGGUGUAGGGAGGCUAUGACUCUCUGUCGUUGGAAAGGGCUCUGGUUAUUGUAGUUUUCGUGGAGGACGUCGUCGCCGCCGUGGGGCGGCUGUGUAUCUGUCUAGGGAGCUUCUGGCUACCUGGGAUAUACUCAAAUAAUGGUAUCUCCACCCCAAAUGGAGUGGGAGGAGCGUACUCGAACGGCUGGUAGCUAUACAUGGAGAGUAGCCACAUUUAGCCUCGCUUUUGCUGGAAAUGCUUUCUAUGGUUUACGAGAGAACUGCGACACCGUCGGAUCAGGGACCCAGGGCUAUUCACUCAAAAGGAUCUUUUCCCCCUUGUGAUUUUGGUUCUUUUAUAUAAAUAGGACUUUGUAUGUAAAAAUCCUUAGCUUAGCACGUCUUUAUACCCCUAGGGAGGUCUCCCCGACGAAAAAUUAAUACUACUACUACUACUA